ACGGUUAUGGCAGUGGCAGUGGUGUUGACAAUUCGUUGUGACACAGUGAGGCAAUUGUACGGUACGCGCCGUGUCAUCAGCCAAAAAACGCAUAACAGUGCUACUACAAGUGUAUUUGCAUAUUAAUUAGCGAAAAGUUAUACAUUAAAGCACAAAUAUCGCGACAUUAGUGUAAAGUGUAAGGAAAUAGUGCGCGCACAUGCUUAUGUAUAAAUAUUUUAUAUACAAUAUAAAUAUAUAUGUAUGUAUUUGUUGUAUAAUAAAAAACGAAAUAAAAAUAAGUUAGAACGCCACUCAGUUAGUAAGGCGGUUAGUCAGUGGCAGUGUGCGCGCAAGUAAACGCGCGUCAGUGGUAGUCGCGCGGCAGCAGCAGCAACAAAAAGCAGCAUUUGGUGCGCGCUCGACAAGCUUUAACACAUAGCCGAGGAAACAACAACAAUAACAAGCAACAGUGCCGAUAGCAAAGACGGCCGCACCACACCACACCAGCAUACAGCCGAGUGGAGCAAGUACAACGAGCAGCGGCCAACAACGCGUCCGCAGCUGCGAUGACAGCGACGGAGACGACGGAGCAUGCCACACACAGUUUAAAUAUGUGAAAUUAGUACAAAUCGUGAUUUCAACGGUGAACGACGAACGUACGGCGGGCUGCACACAACACAACACGUUGUUGCGGAACGGACGCGCAGGCAACACACAACGGAAAAACAACAACAACAACAAGUACUACUACGCAAACCACAAAAAGUAAGCGAACAAGCUAGCAAGCUAUCAGGCGAGUAAGCAAACAAACAAGCACAAAGCAAGCCAGCCAAGCCAAAGUAAGCAAUCGAGCGAGCGAACGAGCCCCAGCAACCACAAGCGCGGUGGAGGAGCCAGAGCAACGCAAGCGAGUAUAGCAACAAAAAACAACAAUAACAAGCACGCCAGUAGUGCUGCAGCCAACACGAAAGCACAGCAGUAGCAAGAGGAGCUAAAAUAACAACAACAACAACAAGAGCAACAAUAACAGCGACGCCAACAACAACAAGCAUUGCGCCGCGCCACAGAAACAGAAACAGAAACGAAAAAAAAAACUGCAAACACCUCCAAAAGCACCAGUGCAUGCCAGGCAAGCAGAUAUUCGGACAAUCAGCUCAGCCAGUUUGCCAGCGAACACAAUAAAAACAAGAGUGAAAAUACAGCUGACGGCUGCACGACACGACGUACGAGCUAAACAUCGCGCGCGCACAUACAUAUUUACGGCACACAUCACACACGAGCGUACAGGCUAAUCGAAUCGAACGAGGCUAAUGCGAGGCGAGUUGAAUUGUUAGGCGAAGGGGAAAGACGCGAAGGCAGUUGCAGCGCGCAAGGCGAAGGCAACUCCAUGGUCACGAAGCUACUAAUACUACGAUUGCACGACUAGCAGCAAAUCAACGCAACAGCAACAGCAACACGGCAGCACAGGACUCAUUGUCAACUUCCCCCAUUCCUAAUCCCAACCCUGUAGACCCGCAAUUGCGGUACCAACCCUCAUACUUAACCGCACCAACUAGUCGCGCUUUGCGGCGACGUCUAACGCGACAGCAGCAAGUGAACGCGAUACCGAAAAAAUUGCAGGUAUCAGCGAAAACAGAUAAGCGACGAGACGACAGCACCAAGAACUCCAACACCAACACCAACACCAGCGCCAGCGCCAACAGCAAAACCAACACCAAAGUUAACGGUUGUGCGAAUAACCGUACACCACGUGAAGGUGACAAUAAGUGUCCCCUGGCGGCUUUGACAGUCAGUAGUGUAGUGUCAGCGCUGGCGAGAACGAAAAGGCAACGCGGUCGAAGGCGGCACGUAGCGGCUACGCGUACUGUAAUCGCUUACAAUUUUGGCAAAAGAAAAACGGGCAGCGCUUUAGGAAAAACGAACAACUGUACAACUAAUCGUAAUAGUGUUAGCGGUAAUAGACAACGCGUGUGGAAAAGCAACAACACGGAAACGCCAAACAACAACUUAACAAACGUUACAAAAACAACUCCAACAGAAGUGCUUGAAAAAUCAUUGAAGACGUCGCCCGCAACGGAGUCGCAGGUAUUGGAGCGGAGCGCCAGGGAGCCUAGGCUUGAUUCUGACGCUGAGGAGGAGGCGACGACGACGACGACGACCGAUUCGGCUCUGUGCCCGCCCAAUACCGAUAAAGCUAACAACAUUCCCCCACCACAGCUACGACGUCGUCGCAAAGCGCGCCUGACUUACAAACGCGCGCCACCGACACCAUCGCCGUCUUCCAUGUCCCUGUCGGUGGCGCUGCCUGCACUGCAUGCAGUUGCCUUAACGACAGGUGCGGGGGCGGCAACUAAUGGCAACAGUAGCGGCGGCACAGCCGCACUUUCACCCACUUUUGGCGUGGGCGGCGAAUCACUGCCCAGCCCAACUAGCGAUCGCGUCGAAUGGUCACGUUCCACCAUACUCGAUUUCAUCGAGGAUUACCGCAUGCAUCGUGUGCUGUGGGAUCCCAACACCAAAGGUUAUCACAUCAAGCAAACCAAGUAUGAGGCAUUAAAAUUGCUGGGCAACAAAUAUGGCACUGAGAUACGCUCGAUACGCAGUAAAAUUAAAAGUUUACGCUCGUCAUUUCAUCGCGAACAUGGCAAGGUGAUGAUCGGCAGGCAAAAAGGUGUCCACUACCAGCCCAUGUGGUUUGCAUACGACGCCAUACGUUUCAUACUUGACGGUGAGGGCGGCAAUGGCGGCGGCGGUAGCAAUGGUGGCGCAGCAGUGCGCGGCCAACACGCGCAAACUUCGGCGAUCGGUGCAGAGGGCGAGGCUGACGAAGUGGAAGAGAAACUCGCAUUGUUACGCGACGAUAGCGUAGACGGUGGCGGUGGUGAUGACGGUGCGGACGGCGCUCGCACGGAGAGUGGCGAAAUGGAUGAUAAAUACGCGACAACGAUGGAGGCGGCAGUACGCGCCAUACAAGCAGCGGCGCUGGCUGGUGCGCGUGAGAGUGGCGGCGGCGGCGCCGUGACGUCCAGAGCGAAUGCAGCGGCAGUGGCGGGCACCACUGUCGACGAGCUGAAAGUCGAACCACAAGCCACAAAUGUAACAGCAGCGACGGCGGCAGUGAAUGCCGCAAAAACAACAGCAACAAAUAUACCAGCCACCGUGGUAUAUGGCAUAAAACCAGCCGCUACGGCUACUUUUGUCAAUAGCCAGCUGUUUAAUGCAACAUGCGCAACUUCUACGACAACAACAACAACAAAUGCCACUACAGUAGCGGGUGAAACACUCAGCACCGCGGCAACUGCCGCGUCGUCCACAAAUAGUACGGUCGCGUCUUCAGCAACAACAACAACUACAGCAGCGUUAUUGCCACACAAUAGUAAUAAUAAGCUACACGCCACUGGCAGUGGCAACAACAACAACAAUAAUAAAAACAGCAAUAAUAUAAACGUUAGCAACGCAAUGGCCAUGAUGACAAUGACGACGCCGGCGUUGACAAUUAUCGGCAGCGCUGGCCUGGCCAUGGGCCUUGGCAGCCUGGCGACAAUGACGACAGCAGGCGGCGCAGGUAGUCUGAAUGGUGUGCUCGGUGGUGGUGGUAGCGCAACAGUUGGUGGCACAACAAUGUCGCACGCGUUCGGCGCUACAACACCGCUGCAUCAUGCCGCCGCCAACGCGGAUGGCGACGAUACGACAGUCGCGAGCAACAGUUUGGUGGCGCGUGUGGCUGCAGCUGUGGCGGCAGCAGCAGCCGCUAAUGCCGCCGCCGCAGCCAAUGCAAAUCGGAAUGUCGCUAUCGCUAUGGACGAACAACAACUAGCUGCGGCGCGGUCCACGGGCGCAGCGGGUGCGGCAGCUGGCCUGAUCGGUGCUGGAGCUGGCGCUGGCGCUGCCAAUGCGACGGCUACGACGACCACAGAUUACGACGCCGACAUACAAAGCUUUUGUUGCAACAUCAGCGCGGACGAUGUGAAAACCGAAAUUAUCGAAGGCGACACGAAUGAACUAGUCAUGCUCGAACAACAGCAACAACAACAACAGCAGCAGCAUCAACAGCAACAACAAACGCAACACCCACGUGCGUGCAGCGUCACCCCACUGACAGCGACGGCGGUCAAUUAUUAUAAUUUGCCACCGAUGGCCGAGUUGCCAAUGUCUUCCAGCGUUGGUGGGCGUAAACGCAAGCUGCUGAGCUUACACGCCGAUGUGGCCUCGCCAUCCAAAAAGUCCGCACUGGCGCUGCAACAACACCUACAGCAGCAAAUACAAUUGCAACACCAACAACAGCAACAACAACAACAAACACUGACGCAACAUUCCAACGCACAAGCGAGUUCCAAGCAGCGCGAACGUGAGUUACUAGCCGCCGGCGCUGGCGGCGCCGUCACUUUCGCCGCCGUCGCAAAUAUGAAUAGUCAAAGUCAACAAAAUAGCAGCAACAACAACAACAAUAGCGGCAAUAAUACAAACAGCAAUGGCAACAGCAGCAGCUUGCAUAAUCUAAGUGCCAAUCAAAAUCCAAAGGCCAACAGCAACAACAGUGGCAACAACGCCAGCAGCAGUAGUGGCAGUCAAAACAACAACAACAACAACAACACGAAUAUGCAAACGCUGAACGAUGAGUAUGGCGUAUUUGGCGAGUAUGUCGCGAUAACCAUACGCAAACUGAAGACGCCGAAGUCCAAGAUUGUCAUCAAGCAUCUCAUCAACAAUCUAUUGUACGAGGCCGAAAUGGGCAAGUACGAUCACGGCAUGCCAUCGUCCAAAGAACCACCGCAAUUGUACAAGAUGUGAUGUAAGGACGCCAGGUUGUACGCGCCACACGCGUCCCCCACAACAGCUGUGUCGCCUUGCUGCCGCACAACCAGCUGCCACGACGCUGUCAUCAAGCUGGAAGCGUUGCCGCACAUUAAAACAGACCAUGACCAUGUAACUUGUAGUGGUAUGUGCGGCCGCAGUGCGUCCGGUUGCGGGGGUCACGGUUCCGGGCGGCAAACACCUGGACACUAGUCAUAGUUGAAGUAAAGCAAACUAGCGCAACGUAAACCAGCGCCAAGUAAAAUGAAAAGUGCAGUGAAGUACCGGGAAGUGUAGAAAAAACGAUGAAGAAGCAAAAAAGUUAAAGAAACAAAAGCAGUAGAAGAAAGCAAAGCAAAGUGAUGUGAAAUGAAGUGCAAGUUAUGAUGAAUUAGCAAUGUUAAGACAAUGUUAAGGAGAAUGAUAGCAAAAGUAGCAGUGAAAUGCGUUCAAAUCAGGGAAUUAAAAGAAAAUAAUGUGAAUUUCAAACAAAAAAUAAGUAAAUAUAUAUAUGUGUAUAUAAAAAACCGCAUGU